UCCUCACAGUUACUCCCUGCUCACCCUGGCGACCUGAAGCCUCCAACAGUCACCCUCAGCUCACUCCUAGCCGCUGCGAAGUAGCGACUCUCUUGCAGCCAACCCCGGACAUAACCCCAGCCGCUGUGGAGUGGUGAAGCCUUCCUCUGCCAUAUUACAGCCACUAAACCAUCUCCCACGUAUCCAACUCUUCUUCCUUUUGAGUAUACAAUCUUCACUGAGUGUAGACUCAGCUGGGGUGUACUGUAGGUAAGCUUCCCUCAAUACCUCUUGCACACCGCCGUCAUGGUCGCCUCUCGGAGGUUCUUCGUCAUCGGCAACUGGAAGAUGAACGUCGACACGGCCACCAUCAACAACAUCAUCGACACCAUGACUGAUGCUUCCCUCGACCCUCACACAGAAGUUGUGGUUGGCUGCCCUUCCUGCUAUCUAUCGUACGCCCGCCAGCAGCUUCCUUCCAGAAUCGGUGUUGCCGCACAGAAUUGUUACAAGGUUGAUCGAGGCAACUUUAGUGGAGAAAUCUCACCGGCCAUGAUCAAGGACUGUGGGUGUGAGUGGGUCAUUCUGGGCCACCCGGAGCGUCGCACUAUCUUCAGUGAGAGUGACGACCUCAUCCACCAGAAGGUCACCCACGCGCUGGAUGCUGGCAUGAAGGUGGUGGCGUGUGUGGUGGAGACACAGAAGGACAAACAAACUGGCUGUACAGAGGAGACGCUCUUCGCCCAGUUGAAGGCUCUGGCCGCCGCCAUUACUGACUGGUCCCGCGUUGUUCUGGCAUUUGAGGCUCUCUGGGCCAGCGGCACUGGUGUACUGGCCACCCCCGCCGAGGUGCAGGAAGUGUUGGCCAAGCUGCGGCAGUGGCUGCGGCAAAAUGUGUCCAAUACAGUGGCCAACACGACCCGCAUCAUCUACGCGGGGUCUGUGUCCUCCACCAACUGUCAGGAGCUGGCCACACUGAAGGACCUGGACGGGUUCUUGGUGGGCAGCGCCGCCCUCAAGCCAGACAUCGUCCAUAUCAUCAACGCUCGAACUACUCACGUCUCCAGGCUUGCCAGUUACUUCAACUCUCUUCGCACUGAUGACCGCUCGGCCUGAAGAUCUUGUUCACAGAGCGACAGUGAACUUGUCUGCCCACGGUGAUGACACUGGAUCUUCUUCAUUACUCUGUUUGGCCCUCUACAACUCUACCUACGUGUAAUGGUUAUAUUAUUUGGUGUUGUCUCACGCUACCUAGCUGAUAGAACAGGCCAGUACUGUGUGCUGUAUCAUAGCUUAAGUAAACUUGUACAUAUUAUGUGCUUACCAUAGUAUUAUAUAGUUACGUGUAAGAGGUACGGAGCUGUUGCUUAUGCAAACAUAAGUCAACAACUUGAUCUAAUUUCCAUAUUUUUAUUUAUUUUAUUCUUAUAUUUCAACGGUGAUAAAUGUAUUAUAUGAAACAGGAGUCCUGUGUCACUGUUUUUGGAAUAAGAUGUAAUAAUGAUGGAGAAAAAACACGAAAAUUAA